UUGGGGGUUAAUUAGGGUUUUGCACGCACACGGAGGAGGAAGCCAUGAGCAGGAGCUUAGGGAUACCAGUGAAGCUGCUACAUGAGGCGUCGGGCCACAUCGUGACGGUGGAGCUGAAAAGCGGUGAGCUUUACAGAGGGAGCAUGGUGGAGUGCGAAGACAAUUGGAAUUGUCAACUUGAGAAUAUCACUUACACUGCUAAGGAUGGAAAGGUGUCACAACUUGAGCAUGUUUUUAUUAGAGGCAGCAAAGUCAGGUUUAUGGUAAUACCAGAUAUGCUGAAGAAUGCUCCUAUGUUCAAGCGCCUGGAUGCUAGAAUCAAGGGUAAGAGCACAUCUCUAGGAGUUGGCAGGGGUAGAUCUGUUGCAAUGCGAGCUAAAGCGCAAGCUGCUGGGCGUGCAGCACCUGGGAGAGGUGCUGUACCUGCUGUUAGGAGGUGAUGCCUUACCAUGAUUUGAUCUAGAGCUUCUUUCUCUCAUUUCGCCUGCCUGCUUAAAUUAGGGUCCCUGCUCUUAAUAUCCCUCGAAUUUGGUGUAAUUUUUGUAAUGGGGAGAGAUGGAAUCGUAAUGCCUGGUCUGUAGAUGACUGCUCUAUGCUUGUACGCAUGUAUUUCAAUUUGAAUAUCAGAUAGUUUCUA